UGCACGUGCAAAUGCAAUUCCGGUUAAAACUUAAAUUUGUUUAUGCUUAAAAAUGUCUCUUAAAGUUGAAAUAAUUGUAGGCACAUAUGAAGAAUUCUUACUUGGUUACAAAAUUGUUCAAAAAGAUGAUAAAACUGUUUUGACUCAAUCAUUCGCUGAUAAAUCACAUUCUGCAACUAUUAAAUGCGUUGCCGUUAAAGGAGAAUGGAUAGCAACUGGUGCAGCAGAUGAUCGUAUAUUUAUAUACAACAUGCGCUUAAGAAAACAAUCACAAAUCAUACUUUCACAUGAAGGCACAAUUAAUGCGUUGUCUUUCACUCCCGAUGAAACACAUCUUUUAUCUGGAGGUGAUGAUGGUCAAAUGGUUGCAACACGUCUAAAGACUUGGUUUAAUGAAGCUACAUGGAAAAAAGCACAUAAUGGUUCAGCAGUCACACAUAUAUGCUGUCACCCAAGUGGCAAACUAGCUUUAUCUCUUGGUUCUGAUCUUGUGCUACGUACAUGGAAUUUGGUUAAAGGAAGAAUUGCUUACAAGACAAAUUUAAAGAGCAGAAACACAUUAGGAAGUAUGCCUGAUUGUUUGGCCUGGUCUUUAUCUGGCGAUUACUUUAGUAUAAGUGGUCAACGUCUAGUUGAAAUUUGGUCAAUAAAAACCGCGGAUGUUGUGUUAAGCCAAAAAACAAAAUCGAAACCUAUUUGUGCAGCAUGGAUAACAAAUGAAGCAUGUCUUAUCGGUUUAGAAGAUGGCAAUAUUUUAUGGUUAACACUGAAUGAAGAAAAAGAAGAAGAGGAAACACUUAUUAAUGCACAUAAUGCAAGGGUUAAAGCAAUGUGCUUCUACAAAGAUAUAUUAGCAACAACAUCUAGUUCAGGAGAAGUUAAAGUGUGGCACUUAGACUUAAAGUUUAAAAAGCUCAAAGUAAUAGCUACUACAAAUAUUGGUUGUCGUCCUACUUGUAUAGCUUUAUUGGAUUUAGAACAAUUUGGAGAAGACUAUGUACUAACCAAAACUAUUGCAGAAAAACAGGAAAUUAUUGUUGAGAAGAAAUUAGUAAAAAAUGUGAAGCCAAGGGGUGUUGUAACUAUUGAAUACGAAAAUGAAGAUGAUGAUAUUGCAAAGCAAGACAUUAAGAAAAUUAAAGAAAAAAGGACUGAUAAAUCUAAAAAAAGACGGCAUGAAACAAGCGAAGAAGAGAAAGAUGAUGAUAGCAUUGAAAACGAUGAUGAUGAUGAUGAGGUUAAUGAAAAUAAGGAUGAGGUUGAGGAUGAUGAUGAGGUUGACGAUGAUGAUGAUGAUAAUGAGAUUGGCGAUGAUGAUGACACUGAAAAUGAGCUUUCAGCUAAUGACGAUGAAUUUGGCAUCGAUAAUCCAUCUGAAGAAGCGAGUUCAGAAGAAGACACUCCAUUUAAAUCUGUGAGAAAUAAUCAAAAUAAUGCGAAAAAGUCAAAAUUAAGUAAAAAUUCAAAAAGUGUUCCACAUAAAAACGUUAAAAAAAGCAACUCAAUUUGUGGUUAUAAAUUACGACCAGCGCAUUCUCUUACACGUUAG